GCCGGUGGGCGGCUCCGCACCACAGCGUCUCGACGGCAGUUCGGAGGGGUGCGCAGGUGGUGCUGUGCCGUGCUGGGAACAUUGCCGGAGCGGCGCACAGGCAGCCUCCGUCCUGAGCCAUGGCGUGGCAGCCCAUGGAGAUCAACCCCGAGAUGCUGAACAAAGUGCUGUCCCGCCUCGGGGUGAGCCCUGGCUGGCGCUUCGUGGACGUGCUGGGUUUCGAAGAGGAGGCGCUGGGCGCCGUGCCCAGCCCGGCCUGCGCCCUGCUGCUUCUCUUUCCUCUCACCGAGCAGCAUGAGAACUUUAGGAAACAACAGACUGAGAAAAUAAAGGACCAAGAAAUCAGUUCCAAGGUGUAUUUCCUGAAGCAGACUGUCAGUAACUCCUGUGGGACAAUUGGUCUGAUACAUGCAGUUGCUAAUAACAAAGACAAAGUUAAACUUGAUGAGGGAUCUGCCCUGAAGAAAUUUCUUGAUGAAACAGCUGAUCUGUCUCCUGAAGAGAGAGCUAAGCGUUUUGCAAAUAAUAAGGCUAUACAAGAAGUCCAUAACUCUGUUGCACAAGAAGGACAGUGUCGGGUUGAGGACAACAGUGUGAACUUCCACUUCAUCCUCUUUGCUAAUGUGGAUGGACAUCUGUAUGAACUAGAUGGGCGUUUGCCGUUUCCUGUAAACCAUGGCACAAGCUCAGAUGACUUACUAUUGAAGGAUUCUGCUAAGAUCUGCAGACAAUUUACAGAACGUGAAAAAGGAGAAGUUCGUUUUUCUGCUGUGGCUUUCUGCAAGUCUGCCUGAGGCUCUGAAGGAAAGCACACCUAAUAGCACACCAGUAAAUGCAGUCGAAACUCCAGUGCUUCAGUACUUGUUAAACACAGCUGUUCUGGUAACUUAAAUUGUUUCCACCCUUUGCUAUACACAGAAGCAACAUCACUUGAGCUUAUGAUAAAGGAUGAGCUCAAGUUUUAAUGUGAACAGUUUGGACACAUGAUGUCUUUAGACUCUGUUUUUUUUCACAUGUUGAGUAGAAAGUGCUUAACAGGGCUUGUUUAAUCUGUGUCUAUUAAUGGAGCUGUUGGUUGAUAUUUCCUUGUCCUUAAUAAGAAUAAAACUUUCUGCUGGAA